AUGGUGAUGCGAAGUCGAUGGUUGGCCUCCACUUUGAUGACUCUCUCACCGCUAUCCUGCACGAAUGCAGCAGCCCCGUUCGUAUCGCGUCUUCUGAUUGCAGCGCAGCAGAGUUCAAAGCCAGCCGCGGAUCCUGCUCCUGGAAGUCCUUUUCACUACGCCUUUCCUGUGCAUAACCUGGAAGCAGCCAAGGACUUUUACGAAAAUGUGUUGGGCUGUGUCGAAGGCCGUUCAAGUGAAAAGUGGCAGGACUACUCGUUGCACGGGCAUCAAAUUGUCGCCCACUGGGCCGGGAACGAUUAUCGCUGUCAAGACUACUACAAUCCGGUGGAUGGGGAUGAGGUCCCUGUUCCUCAUGUGGGGCUUGCUUUGACUGUAGAACAGUUCCACGAAUUGGCUGAGCGAGUCCGGAGCAAGGGCGUCAAUUUCAUUAUUGAGCCACAUCUUCGAUUCAAGGGAAUGCCGGGCGAACAGUAUACUAUGUUCUUCAAGGAUCCGUCAGGAAACAACCUUGAGUUCAAAGCCAUGACUCAUCCUGAAAAUCUCUUUGCGAAAUACAACGUUACGAAUAAGUAA